UGUGCGCUGCCGGGGAGAUUUGACUUGGUAAAAGCUUGAGCUCCAGCAGAUACAAACCUAGCGCUUGAUACUAUAUUUUAUUUUCCCCCUCCCCCGAGCAUCGGCGGUCGGGGAGCGGAGCCCCUCGGCUCCAGGGACGCUGCUCAAGAUGUGCCCUACUUUGGAUAUUCCUGCAUUGAAUGUCUGAGGAGCUCCGGCCGAUCCUGAGCCAUGUCGCAGAUGUUGCACAUAGAGAUUCCCAACUUCGGGAACACCGUCCUGGGCUGCCUGAACGAGCAGCGGCUGCUGGGGCUCUACUGCGAUGUCUCCAUCGUGGUGAAGGGCCAAGCCUUCAAGGCUCACCGGGCGGUGCUGGCCGCCAGCAGCCUCUACUUCCGAGACUUGUUCAGCGGGAACAGCAAAAACGCCUUUGAGCUGCCGGGCACCGUCCCCCCGGCUUGCUUCCAGCAGAUCCUCUCCUUCUGCUACACCGGCAAGCUGACCAUGGCGGCGAGCGAGCAGCUGGUGGUGAUGUACACGGCGGGCUUCCUGCAGAUCCAGCACAUCGUGGAGAAAGGGACGGACUUGAUGUUCAAGGUCAGCUCUCCCCACUGUGACUCUCAGACCACCAUGAUCGAAGACCCCAGCUCGGAGCCGCAGAGCCCCUGCAACCAGCUGCAGUCGGCCUCGGCGCCCUACGUCAUGUCCCCCUCCAUGCCCAUCCCGCUCCUCACGCGCGUCAAACACGAGAACCUGGAGCUGCAGGCCCUGCCCGGCCUGCCCGGCAAGCGGCCCCUGGAGCCCGGCGCCCGGGACGGGCCCGGCGGCGCCGGCGGCGCCAGCGCGGGGCCCCUGAAGCUGUCGCGGGUCUCCUACUACGGCGUGCCCAACCUGGCCACGCUGCUCCCCAACGUGCAGCAGGUGCAGUACUCGCAGGGAGAGCGCACCAGCCCCGGCGCCAGCAGCAUCCCCACCACCGACAGCCCCACCUCCUACCACAACGAGGAGGAUGAGGAGGACGACGAGGCCUACGACACCAUGGUGGAGGAGCAGUACGGGCAGAUGUACAUCAAGUCGUCGGGAGGUUAUUCUGUUGCCCAAGAGAAGGCAGAGCAGAUCCCGCUGGAGAACCGCUCCUGUGUCCUGAUCCGACGGGACCUGGUGGCUCUCCCUGCCAGCCUCAUCAGCCAGAUCGGGUACCGCUGCCACCCAAAGCUCUACUCCGAGGGAGACCCUGGGGAAAAGCUCGAGCUCGUUGCAGGCUCAGGUGUUUACAUCACCCGGGGGCAGCUGAUGAAUUGCCAUUUAUGUGCUGGUGUCAAACACAAGGUCCUGCUCAGACGUCUCCUGGCCACCUUCUUCGACCGGAACACUCUUGCCAACAGCUGUGGAACUGGAAUCAGGUCCUCCACCAGCGAUCCCAGCAGGAAGCCCUUGGACAGCAGGGUCCUUAAUGCAGUCAAAUUGUACUGUCAGAAUUUUGCCCCGAGCUUUAAGGAGAGCGAGAUGAACGUGAUCGCGGCCGACAUGUGCACCAACGCGCGGCGCGUGCGCAAGCGCUGGCUGCCCAAGAUCAAAUCCAUGCUGCCCGAGGGCAUGGAGAUGUACCGCAGCGUCAUGGGCUCCUCCACAAACACUGUCCCCCUGGAGCAAGACUUCCAGCCCAACGCCGCUCAGGCCUUCGAGCAGCGCAUCUAUGCAGAGAGGAGGAGCGAGGCGGGGACUAUCGUGGCCUUGAGAACUAGCACGGUGAACGUGGAGCUCAGCAACGCCUCCAGCCAGCCCUUCGAGCAGGGCGAGGACGCCGAGGGCGCCGGCUCCGUCAUCCAGGAGGCGGCCGCCCCAGACGCCGUGGCCUCGGAAACCCAAAGCACUCCGCAGCCCUUCGAGCAAGGCUCGGGCUCCUCCAGCCGGCCCGAGACCCCCGUGAGGAGGCAGGAUGGUACUUAUGGAGGGACUUUAUAGAGAGAGAGCAAACAUUUCAUGACCUAUAAGGGAUCUGUAAUACUAAAGCUGCUUGCAUGCGUUACUAAUACAAAACGAAAAAAAUGUGAUCAAGCCACUUACCUACUGAACU